AUGGCGGCAAUGGUGUUGUGGCUAGUGACGGUGGUGGUUGUGGCGGUUCACUCGGCCUCUGCCGGGGUUAUAGAAGCAGAGUGGGAGGUAAAGUAUAAAUUUUGGUGGCCGGACUGUAAAGAAGGCAUGGUGAUGGCCAUCAACGGCCAGUUUCCGGGGCCGACGAUAAACGCCGUCGCUGGAGACACCCUCAUCAUCCACGUCACCAACAAGCUCUCCACCGAAGGCGUUGUCAUCCAUUGGCACGGCAUACGUCAGAUUGGGACUCCAUGGGCAGAUGGAGCAGCAGGUGUGACGCAAUGUGCCAUUAGCCCUGGCGAGACUUUCACUUACAAUUUCACUGUCGAUAAGGCGGGAACACAUUUCUACCACGGACACUACGGGAUGCAAAGAUCGGCUGGACUUUACGGGAUGUUGAUAGUGAGAUCACCGAAAGAGAGACUACGUUACGACGGAGAGUUUAAUCUGUUGCUCAGUGAUUGGUGGCACCAAAGCAUUCACUUGCAAGAACUCUUUCUUUCCACUUCCCCUAUGCGUUGGAUCGGCGAGCCUCAAAGUUUAUUAAUCAACGGAAGAGGACAAUCCAACUGCUCACAAGCGGCGUAUUUUAACAAAACAAUAGGAUUGAAACAGUGCACGUUUAGAGAAAAUGAUCAAUGCGCACCUGAAACUUUACGUGUCGAGCCUAACAGAGUUUAUCGUCUUCGAAUCGCUAGCACCACUGCUCUUGCUUCCCUCAAUUUGGCCGUUGAAGGACACGAGCUGGAGGUUGUGGAAGCCGACGGCAACUACGUCGCACCGUUCAAAGUCAACGACAUUGACAUUUACUCCGGCGAGACCUAUUCCGUUCUUCUCAGAACCCACUCAACUCCUUCCUCGAAGCACUGGAUCUCCGUCGGCGUUCGUGGUCGGAAACCCAACACCACUCAGGCACUGACCAUGUUACAUUACGUCGGUGCCUCUGACGCCGAACGCCCAAUUCGUCCGCCGCCGGUUACCCCCAGGUGGGACGACUACAACCGGAGCAAAAGCUUCACGAAUAAAAUCUUCGCCGCGAAAGGAUAUCCGCCGCCGCCGGAGAAAUCAGACGACCAGCUCAUCCUCCUCAACACACAGAAUCUGAUCGACGACUACACCAAAUGGGCAAUCAACAACGUCUCCUUAUCCGUGCCGGCGACGCCGUACUUGGGAUCCAUCAGAUACAAUAUAACACCGGCGCUCCAUUUGAAAUCGCCGGGAAAGGUAUUAAUAGGGGAUUACGACAUCAUGAAACCGCCGGUGAAUCCAAACACCACGAAAGGUAGCGGGAUCUACAAUUUCCCGUCGGGAAUCGUCGUCGACGUGAUUCUCCAGAACGCGAACGUCUUAAAAGGUGUGGUCAGCGAGAUCCAUCCAUGGCAUCUCCACGGCCACGAUUUCUGGGUUUUGGGUUACGGCGAAGGGAAAUUCAAACCCGGAAUCGACGAGAAGACGUAUAAUCUGAAAAAUCCGCCGUUACGGAAUACGGUGGUGUUGUAUCCUUUUGGAUGGACGGCGUUAAGAUUCGUAACGGACAAUCCUGGGGUUUGGUUUUUUCAUUGCCACAUCGAACCGCAUUUGCAUAUGGGUAUGGGUGUGGUUUUCGCUGAGGGAGUAGACCGGAUCGGUAAGAUGGAUAUACCGGACGAGGCGCUCGGUUGUGGAUUAACCAGGAAAUGGCUCAUGAACCGGGGACGCCGUUAA